UUGUAGGCGGAGAUUUCAAAUUUCAAUCACUCACUCCCCUCGUUUUCAUCGACAACUCUACUCUCUUUAUAUCUACCCUCGGUCCUUCCCACCUUCCCACCUUCCCACUUCGCAUUUCUCUCUCUCUCUCUCUCUCUCUCUAGACCUCUUGGGUACCAAAGAGGCUUCCUUUUCUUGUUCUUCAUCCAAUCUGAGCUUGAUCUGAGCCAAUUGAGAAAGUGACUGGGAUAUUUGGUGUAACACAUAUCGCUUUGUUUUGAAAAUGGAUGCCAUAAUGCCCAUCUGCAAGACUGUCACGCCAACUCCGGGCUUAUUUUUUGGGAGAACUAGAGAGAUCCGGAGCUCCCAAUGUAGCUUUAUGGUGGGAAAUAAAGUCAACUUUUUAAGGCAGAGAGCUCCGGGUGCUCAAGUUAGUAUUAAAUCCAGGAGGCAUGGGGGAGCUCUUCAUGCUACAUGUCGUGCUGAAAAAAUUCUGGUGGCAAAUAGAGGGGAAAUUGCUGUCCGCGUUAUUCGAACAGCCCAUGAGAUGGGAAUACCUUGUGUGGCUGUUUACUCAACAAUAGACAAGGAUGCACUUCAUGUGAAAUUGGCUGAUGAAUCAGUUUGCAUUGGUGAAGCAGCAAGCAGUCAAUCGUACUUAGUUGUUCCAAACGUUUUAUCUGCUGCCAUCAGUAGGAAAUGUACAAUGUUGCAUCCAGGAUAUGGUUUCCUUUCUGAGAAUGCGUCAUUUGUUGAAAUGUGCAAAGAACAUGGAAUCAAUUUUAUUGGGCCUAAGCCCGAAAGCAUCCGUGUUAUGGGUGAUAAAUCGACUGCCAGAGACACAAUGAAGAAAGCAGGUGUUCCAACUGUACCAGGAAGUGAUGGAUUACUACAGAGCACAGAGGAAGGAAUCAGGCUUGCGGAUGAGAUUGGUUUUCCUGUUAUGAUCAAAGCCACAGCAGGAGGUGGAGGACGUGGUAUGCGUCUUGCUAAAGAACCUGAGGAGUUUGUGAAGUUGUUACAGCAAGCAAAGAGUGAGGCUGCAGCUGCUUUUGGAAAUGAUGGAGUUUAUUUGGAAAAGUACAUCCAAAAUCCUAGACACAUUGAGUUUCAGGUUCUUGCAGAUAAAUAUGGCAAUGUUAUUCACUUUGGAGAGCGGGAUUGCAGCAUCCAGAGAAGGAACCAAAAGCUCCUGGAAGAAGCACCUUCCCCUGCAUUGACCCCAGAACUGCGGAAAGCUAUGGGUGAUGCAGCAGUUGCAGCAGCAGCAUCAAUUGGCUACAUUGGUGUUGGAACCGUUGAAUUCCUUUUGGAUGAAAGAGGUUCCUUUUACUUCAUGGAAAUGAACACUCGGAUUCAGGUUGAGCAUCCUGUGACAGAAAUGAUUUCCUCUGUUGAUUUGAUUGAAGAACAAAUUCGAGUAGCUAUGGGUGAAAAACUCCGAUACACACAGGAAGAUAUAGUGCUCAGAGGACAUUCAAUUGAAUGCCGUAUCAAUGCAGAAGAUGCUUUUAAAGGUUUCCGACCCGGGCCAGGAAGAAUAACAGCCUACUUACCAUCUGGAGGUCCCUUUGUUAGAAUGGAUAGCCAUGUUUAUCCUGAUUACGUGGUUCCUCCAAAUUACGAUUCCCUUCUUGGAAAGCUUAUUGUUUGGGCACCAACAAGAGAAAAGGCAAUUGAGAGAAUGAAGAGGGCUCUUGAUGACACUGUUAUAACAGGGGUUCCCACAACCAUUGAAUACCAUAAACUUAUCCUGGAUAUAGAGGAUUUCAAAAAUGGCAAGGUCGAUACUGCUUUUAUUCCAAAGCAUGAAGAGGAGCUACAAGCGCCCCAACAUUUGGUGCCUGCAGCCGCUGCCAAGAACUAGCCGGUGCAUCUGCUUACAUGGAUGGCUCUUGAAUUGCUACUAUCUGGUCUCGUCGACAACAUUAAAACAGAAAAUAUUUUGCUUUUUUAUAUUUGAGUUAUUUUAAAUUGUGGCAUUCUUUUACUUGAUAGAACUAGUAACACUAGUGACAUGCCUGGCAUGUGAGCAUUUCAUUUGAAAUUUUGACAUGUUCAUUUGUUCAGUUGGGUACACAAACUUGUAGUGGGUUGCGCAAACUAUUUAUAUGAAGCAAGAUCCUUUUUCAUGAUUUA